CCGACACGACGCGGAAAAAUGGUUUACUGUUUUGCUUUUGGCUGUAAUCACAAAAGUGGUCGCAACAAGUGCGGGUUUUUUCGGUUCCCAUUGGACACUGAAAAACGAGGCCAAUGGGAGCGGUCGUGUCGACGUGCUGACCGCAGCCUGGAUAUGGCCAACGACAGGAUUUGCUCGUGUCACUUUGUUGAUGCCGCAAAGCUGAAUGGGCCCACCUUGUUCCUGUGGACUAUGGGCAAGGUUUUCUCUUUACCCAAGUCCCGUGCUUCCUCAUGCAAGAAACCGAAAAGAACUUUCCUGAAUGUGUUUCCACGUCCAUCUGUGUCGGCAAAUCGGAACAAAGAUGUUGCCAUGACACUGACUGCACCCCCACUGCCACCAGCGCUGACCCAACAGGAACUCCUUGCAGCUGAGAACAAGGAGCUGCGACGCAGGAUCCAAAACCUCGAGGUGCAAGUGGCCAGUCUCUUGAUCGCGUCCAAGAAAAAAAGGUCAAUGACAAUAGGAGAUAUCUGUGGUAUUCCGGAGAAGAUGCUGUUCUACACGUCGCUCCAGUAUGAUGUGUUCUGCAUACUCAUUUCAUCACUGAAGCGGUUUGAGCUGAAGUACUUUUACGCUUGGAAGGUGAAAUCUCUUUCUCUGGAAGAUCAACUCCUUGUGACGCUGAUGAAGCUCCGACUCAACCUUAGGAACCUCGACCUCGCCCAUCGGUUCGGCAGCAGCGAGACUACGAUUGGAAAUGUGAUUAAAACCUUCAUCUGUGCAUUGCAUGACCUUUUGUUUGAUAGGGUGGUGGACCACAAGAUCCCUUCUCAGGCCAUCUGCAAGGGAUCCAUGCCCAAGUCUUUCCAGGAGUUCAUCAGCGACGCGAUGGAGGUCACACAGGACAUCCAGGGGGACCUUGGCAAAGAGUCUUCCGCAUACUCAAACUACAAGAGUUGGCACGCUGUAAAAGUUGAGCCAGGUGUCAACCUGAAUAGCGAUCAUGACUAUUGCAGCAAUGUGUACCCGGGGUCUACAUCAGAGGCUGCCAUCGUACAGGACUGUGGCCUUCUGCAUUCUCUGGAGGCGGGCGAUCUCAUUGUCGCUGACAAGGGGUUCACCAUUAAGAAGUUCAUUCCGCUGGGUGUGAACCUCAGCAUUCCACCUUUUCUAGCCAGCAAAAGCCAGUUCCUCAAGGAAGAGGCGGAACUUUGUCGGACGAUUGCUCGAGCUCAGAUUAAUAUGGAACGUGCCAACUUUCAGAUCGUGCAUGAUAUACCUGCUAAUUUAAGGCCACUGUCCAUAAAAAUUAUCCAGCUUUGCUCAUGCUUGUCUAAUUUGCAGCCACAUUUGCUGGCCGAGACCACAGACUGA